UACUAGAUUUACCGCCCACCUUUCGACGCACCCCGAAAGCUCAUCCACUUAAAAGCGACAGCUUUAGCGUCAUUUGGAAUUUGAAUUAAUCUUGUCCCAAAUAUAACUAUAUUGUGUUUUAUUAGCCAUCAAACACAAAUAUGUAAAUAUAUUUUACAGGUACCAUUUGUAUCCAACAUAAGGUACAAGUUAUUUAAUUUUGAUCUGUGUCACAACAUGUUGUAACUCGAGUUUGUUCAGUUAUACUGACAGAUGACACGUCAAUGUGAACGUGUGCGUUUGAUUGAUGAAUAUUCAGAACCAUGGAGUCCUUUGCAGAUUUCGUGAAUGAAAAAAGCUACAUUUCGCCUUCUCCGAUAAAUCAUUAUAAAUCAGUCAAAUAUUCAAAAUUACAGCAUCACCAGGACGGUGGCAAUGAUGGCAGUGAUGAUGACGAGGAUGAUUUACGCGAAGAGAGAUUCGAAAAAGUAGCCUUGAUAGAUGAUGAUUCUGGUGACAAUUUGCGUGAUUCAGCAGGAAGUGGCGAUGUGUUUACUGUGGAGAGCGCGGUGGAGGCCAUCGGCUUCGGUUAUUUCCAGAUCCGUCUGUACAUCGUGUGUGGCCUAUUUACGGCAGCGGAUGCUUUAGAAAUGAUGUUACUGGCAGUGCUGUCUCCCGCUCUACGUUGUGAGUGGCAGCUUGACCAUUUUCAUGUGGCCUUUUUAACCACAGUUGUUUUCUGCGGAAUGUGCAUAAUGGCACCAGUCUGGGGAUUUUUAGGAGAUAAAUAUGGAAGGCAGACGACACUGUAUAUCGUGACUGUGUGGAUUGGUUACUUCGGCCUAUUAACGACAUUUAGCCCGUCCUUUAUCUGGAUACUUAUUUUGCGUGGAAUGGUUGGUGCGGGCCUUGCAGGAUCGCCACAAAGCUUUGCACUGAUGACAGAAUUUUUACCUUCAAAUUCAAGAGCGAAGAUGUUACAGAUUGGUGGAGUUGCUUGGGCAUUGGGGACUGCUUUUGAGAUUUCCAUGGCAUCUUUAGUGAUUCCAUCCCUUGGAUGGAGGUGGCUUGUAGCCUUUUCAGCAAUACCAUCUUUUCUCAUUUGCGUUUUACUCAAGUUACUUCCAGAAUCUGCCCGGUAUCUUGUUGCUGCGGGUGAGAAGGACAAAGCACUUUCUGUCCUCCAGAAAGCAGCAAAGUUAAACAAGUCCAAUCUUCCAUCUGGAAGGCUUGUAUCAUCACAUAUUGGAAGACGAGGAAACUUCUCUGAUUUGUUGUCAUUGGAGUAUCGUCGAACUUCAUUGCAAAUGUGGUUUAUGUGGUUUGUCACUGCGUUUUCUUACUAUGGAAUGGUGCUUGCUAGUGCAGAAAUUCUACAGGUCAAUAACAGUGAUGGAGAAGUGAAAGGCGCAGACAACUGUAAGUGCAAUCUUCUCAAAGCAGACGACUAUGUCACCAUACUGUUGUCUACAUUUGGAGAAUUUAUAGCUCUACCUUUGAAUCUGAUGCUGAUUGAUAGAAUUGGCAGGAGAUACACCGGCGCAGUUAACAGUUUUGGAAUGGCCAUUUUUUUCAUCAUUCUACAGAUAAAGAUGCCUAAAUCUAUGCUGACAGUCAUAAUGUUUAUGGUUCGAGGGUUUUCCCAAGGAUUAUUCAAUUUUGUUUACAUUUACACUGCAGAAGUAUACCCAACAACCAUCAGAACAUUGGGAAUAGGAACAGCCUCUGCUUGGGCUCGCGUUGGUGCUAUGUUGACCCCAUUUGUUGCACAAGUAUUACUGGACAAGUCUUUAACAUCGGCGGUGUGGGUUUAUGGAUCUUUAGGGAUCCUGGCAGCUCUCUGUGCAGUUUUUCUACCAAUUGAAACAAAAGGAAGAAUUUUACCACAAUCCUUGCAAUGAAGAUGAUGGUGGACUGCAGGCAGUCUAAAAAAUUAAAGAAAAUUGUAAAGGUGCUUGGACAUCAGAUAUUAUUACAUGUGUACUUAAUUUGAUAUGGUGGAGGUGUAUCUUAAUUUACAUGUAUUAUACACAAUAUUAAUGCUGCUUAAAUUAUUCAGAAUAUGAUCUCAUAAUAAAACCUUAAAAAAAAGUACCUACUUGGUAUUUCUU